ACAUAUCGAGAAGCCGGGCCGAUUCACAACCUUCUAAAGGCUUUGGGUCAAUCCCAUAGACCUUUCGGUGUGUUCCAGGAGCGAAUACCUUCCGCCCGAGAAGGGAAACCACGCCCAUGGUAUGUGGACCCUAUCUCGACGCAUUUGAAGACUCGGAUGGGCUCCCUGACUUUGUGGAUUUAGCCACCGGGGCUAAUACCUCAGCACAACUGUUUCAUUACCCACUAGGUCUUGUUUCUAUGCGAGUAGCUGCUGAUAAGGACUGCGAUGUCUUCGCACUGGGCCUUGUAGGUCGUCGAGAAAUGAAGGCUGCACUGAAUCGCAUGGUGAUGAAAGCAUCUUUACCGGUGGUACUACAUCCUCGGUCAGCUUUGUCAGUCCCGGUUCGACUUGCGCAACUUCUCAAUUACUUUGUGACUCUAUUUUCCGUCGCUUUUCUAACUAAUUUCCAUCUACGGAUCUUUCUAUCUCCUCCGCUUUGAAUGAGCGCGUGUGCUAUAUUCUGUCCAAAUGGUAGAUUGUGAUCAAGUGGAAACCAGCAGGCUUGCUCCAGUUCCCGAGCACAAUAAACGAUUAGUUGGCUACCAGGGCUUUCCGACCUCGUCGCAGCGAUUAGCAAGAGCAGUAACAAAACGGGCAGAAAUGUUUGGAAUGGAACAAUGUUCUAUAAUGACUUGCCUCAGCUAGUAGGAAGG